AUGGGCUCUUCAGGCUCCAAAGCUGCUCGGACGACGGCAGCUUCGACAGCUCGAAAAUAUCCACAGCGGAAAACAGCUCCGAUACCGUCGAAUGUCCAAGGUCGCCCUGUGCCAUCACAGGAGAGGCCCACAGGCCCAAUAGUGCACCCUCGACCCCAGGCCAGCGGCACGAAGGAUCAAGCCAUUGACCUGGACGCACGAGAUCCAGACUUUGCUUCGUCCUUACGCGCACUUGGAUCAGUCCAACCUACGCCUACAUACUCUCCGUCAUCCACAUUCAAUCGUGGUCCCGUCGCAGGACGUCCAGGUGGGCCGAGCCUUUUUCCAGACGCUGUCGCAAAUCCAGCCGUAGCACUGCUUAAAAAGCGAGAGGAGAUUGCUCAUGCUGCUGAGGAAGAAUUUCUGAGCAUCGGUAGAAGAGGGCACACUGGGAGACGAUUUCUUGAUGUCACGACUAUUCGACAGAUUUUGACGUUACGAGACCAAAAGGGAGUUCAACCCGCUGAGAUUGAACGAAGACUGGGUCUGCAAAAGGGCGUCACGGAGAAGUUGGGAGGGCCAAAUGUGGUUCAAAGUCCAUACCAAUAA